AUGCCAUUUGCAAAUAUUCGCAUUUCCAAAGGGUUACAAAACAUUCAUGGAUGGUAUAUUCAUAAUAUUUUCUCUGAAAUGAUGAUCAAAGAUUUCUUCGUGAAACUUACAACUGGUGAAAUAUCUCCAGAGUGUAAUAUCGAUCGGAUAAGUCCUGAAGCAAUAGAUCAUAUUGAGAUAAGCAAUGCACCAACUACAGGCGCAACCCAAAUUAGCCUUGACUGCAACAUCAUAGAUGUUACAUCGAGCCUAGGAAUAUAUAUACAUUAUUGGCUUAAAACGGAUGAUAUUACAAAUUCUAAUUUAACAUCACAACAUAAUAAUGUCUUUUCAAUCUUAAUGCAAAAUGCAUAUUGGACCCAAAAAUAUUUACCAACAUUUCAGCAGUCAGAAAAUACGAAUCGUAGACACAAAUUGCAUAAUGAGAUUGUUGAUUGGAUUCAGCGUCAUGGCGUAAAUGACGAUUCAGAAAAUGUUGGUUCCAAUAAUGAAGGUGAGAAUCAAGAAAAUGCAACCCAAGAAGACGAAAAUGAUGAAUCUGAACCUAAGAGUCCAGACGAUGAUGAUCUUGAUAUACCCAUAGAAGAGCUUGAUGAUAACGCAGAGAGGGAAUCUAUUA